AUGUACUGUAGUUCAUGUUCAGACACGAUGUUUGAGCGUCCCGUGAUACCGUUUCUUAUUUUCAUCUGCUGCUUAUAUUCUUACAAUUGUAUCAUAGUUGUACCAGAACGUAUUCUGGUGAGAGAUGUGAAUGAAAAUUAUGUGAAAUAUGCGACGGCCACCGUGCGCAGGUCCAGCAAGAGAGGCGAGUAUGUGGUCAACGUCGAUAUUUAUACCAAAGUCGUCAUUGGGAAUAAUGUUACGGUGCAUAUAAAUUUGUUCGAAUACAACAGUAAAUACAACCAAUACGUCCGCACUCCGAUGGUGUUUCAAUACAAAUGGUGUGAACUUGUCUUACAUGACCAAUGGUUUGGGCCUAUACUACGAAAGAACGGCCUCACUAGAUGUCCUACGCCAGUGGGUCGUACCACUUUAUCGAAUUUGACACUGAGUGGGAGUUUUCCAUUCCAAGUGCCUUUUAACAGGGGCAAGUUUGAAACUAUCUGGAAACGAGAAGCGACCAAUGAACUGUUAGGGUGCAUAGAAACAUUUAUAACCAUUUUAAAAUGA